GUGACGUGAAUUAACACAAGUAACUCAGGAGGGACCUCCUAACAGCAGAGGGCAGCAACUCAGUUUUAACAAACGAAGAAAAAGACGACGACGCUCGACGGCUCUGACGUCAUCACGCACAACGUGUAGCCCUGAAGCAACAUGGCUUUGAAUGGAGAUGACGAGGACUUUGAGUGGGAGCCUCCAUCAGAAGCGGAGAUGAAGGUGAUCCAGGCUCGCAGGGAGCGACAAGACAAAAUCAGCAAGCUGAUGGGAGAUUACCUGCUGAAGGGAUACAAGAUGCUGGGAGACUGCUGCGAUGUGUGUGGGACUAUUCUUCUUCAGGACAGACAGCAGAAAAACUACUGUGUCUCAUGUCAGGAGCUGGACUCUGAUAUUGACAAGGACAACCCUGCUCUGAAUGCCCAGGCUGCGUUGUCCCAGGUGAGAGAGAGGCAGCUUGCUGCCCAGUCCCCUGUGCCGUCCCAGACCCCUGAACUCAAUGGAGGUCCUUCCAGCGGUCAGCCAAGCGUGUCAGUUCCUCAGCCCAGACCAGAGCACUGUGAGGGGGCUGCUGCAGGUGGAAGAGCCCUUCUGCCUCCACCUGCCGUCCCUCCUCCUCCAGCUGCUCCCUCCACCACAGCCCUGGCGCCCACUCGUCCCGCCGUUUGUCCACAGAACCCUGCCCUCCGGCCCGUGUUGCAAGAAGCUGAGGAAGCUGUUCUCACCAAACUCCGCUGGGCCACUACCCAGUUGCAGGGCGCAGCCUCCCUGGAGGCAAGUAUCCAGCUCUGCAGCCUCAUCACCAGCUGUGCCAACUCACUGCGCAGCCUCAAGGAGCUCAGCCAGUAACACAGCGGACUAGCUGAAACUAUGGGGUGAUGGGAACGCGGGUUCUACUUGCCUCCGUCUUGGAAUACUGACUCUGGUUCAGCAUCUCUCUUUGUCUGAAUCUUUGCUUAGAGCUGAAUUCAAAAGUGGUCAGAUAAUGGACUUGAAAAACGAUAAAAAUGCAGAAAGUGCACAGGUUACCCCUGGGUUAAUGUAGUUAAACAGCCCGCAGAAAUAUCAUGUUACAUGUUCAUUUUAAUGUUUUUGUCAAUUUGUAAAUUAGAAUUACAAAAUUGCAACAUUUUCAAACCAUCAGGCUAUUAAAUUUUUAAAUAAGAAUUAAUCUUUUUACCACAAGAAAGCAAUGCUUACAUGUACCCAUAGUUGGAGCUGGUUGGUGCUGGUUUAUCCACACUCCUGGGAAAAACAAGAUUUUUUUCUCCAACUGAUUGUAUCCCAAAAAGGGCUCUGGGUUGCAAUUUUGUUAAUUUUAACUAAAACUAAAGUUCCAGUGCACACAUACCUGAGAACAUGCUGCUGAACUAGAAGACAUAAAAUGAAAUUUCUAGCAUGUCAGUAUGCUGUUAAACACACCAGACCACAAAUAUGACCCUGCCUUUACUCACAGACACAGCUGGAUUUUCUAUUUGCUGCUCAGUCUGACUUUCACAUAGAUUUCCGUUGUCUCCGACCUACUGGUGAUGCAAAGGUUAGUAACUGUGUGCCGAGGUUAAAUAUAUCCGAUGCAUGACGGUCAUGUGGUUCAGUGAUGAGACAGCGCAGCACUCAGGAGUCAGACUUACAGUUCAUUAAAAGUAAAAUAAAAUAACUGCAUUGUACAUCAAUAGACUGCACUUCAUGUUAGAUUAGCCAGCUUCAGUGUUGAUCGAGGUAGUUAGAGUUUUCUAAUAAUAUGCCAGAAUAAAGCUUUUCCUCUUCGGGA